GACGCCUAACACCUCCCUUUUUCCCCCAUAUCGGCGAAUGAUAUCUAGAAACCUCUUCUUUAUGGAUGCGGCCGAGCAUGACCUCGAUGCCAAACUAUACAAGGCAUCAGGUACGCUUCUUGAGGAAAUCAAGCACAAAUUGCCGCUGCUCAUCUACCACAGUAAGGCGUCGCCUCGGACUCACCGUCUCUUCGUUCUUGACCCCAAAUGCCAGGAGUUAAGCUUACUCCUGGAUCGCUUUCAAGAAUGGCCCCAACUCCUAGACCCUAACCUUUCGGAUUUGGUCCAGCUUCUUGCCAACACCUUUGUUGACUAUCUCACAACAUCCAGCGAGCAUUAUUCCCCGACCAGGAGAAGUAGCUACAGCGGCAUCCUGCCACUACCUAGGGCGAUAUGUCGUCUGCUCUAUUCAUUCUGCAAAGUCAGAGGCUAUAAGGUUAUCGUGCGAUUGUUAAACAAUGAACCCAAGUACUUGGGCGUUAUGUUGGCAAAUUUCAAAGCAUGGAGUACGGGGUCAUUGGGCAUGACCUGGGAAGAGCGCUACAUUAUGUUGUUAUGGUUGUCUCAUUUGAUGCUGGCGCCUUUCGAGCUGGCAAGCAUGUCACUUGGCAACGCCUAUGCGAACGUGACAAUGCCAGAGCUUUUAGGUGACCUUCCAACUACCGUCGAGAACGUUAUCUCCCUAGCUCUCGGACAGCUCGAAAGCUCAGGAAAGGAACGCGAAGCUGCAAGCGUCCUACUAGUGCGGUUGAGUCUUCGAAACGAUAUGCAAGCUCAUAAUUUGGCCUCAAAACUUAUCGCCUAUGCGACCCGCGGACUUCUUCUCGACGAAGAUUUGCUGAAAAUCAGCCCCUACAAAGCUCAUGGUCUCCUGGCGCUGUUAUACGGCAUCACAAAUGCCAGCACUGACAGCGAAGCAGCCCCUUUCAUCGAAAGACUUUUCACUGAUGUACUCAAGUUGGCUACUAGCAAACAACAGUCGCACACCACUGUUCGAGACUCUGCUCCCGCAAGGAAAUGGAUAUUGAAGAUUAUGAGAGUCGUUGUUACGCAUGCCGUAUCACUCAAUGCGACGAGGCACACUGUCACGGAUGGAACCUUGACAAUGAUGCUGGAAGAGAGCAUACAAUACUUUCUGGAUGCCUUGAACGACAAGGACACGCCAGUGAGGAUGGCUGCAGCGAAGGCACUCAGUGUCAUCACCCUCAGACUCGAAAACGCAAUGUCCAGGGAAGUCGUCGAAGCCAUCUUGGGUUCUCUGGAGGAAAGUGUACUCCUGGAGGAUCCACAGACGCAGGAGCUCAUACCAUUAACCGAUAAGAUCAAGUCUAGCACCGUUGGGCUGAAAAGAAACAUUAGCGCUGUUGAUCCGCUGAAAUGGCAUGGAUUGAUGCUGACUCUCGGGCAUCUCGUGUUCCGUCGCUCUCCUCCACCAGACAUACUCCCGGAAAUCAUCCAAGCAAUGAUUCUUGGCUUGGAGUUCGAACAGAGGUCAAACGUUGGUACCUCCGUCGGUGUUGGUGUUCGUGAUGCUGCUUGCUUCGGUCUCUGGGCUCUGGCUCGCAAAUAUAGCACGAUCGAGCUGGGUCUUGUGCACGUAUCGAACUUCGCUGAAGCAGCACUGGAUGAGUAUGAGGACUGCAAAAACGUUUUGCAACUGAUAGCCAUCAAGUUGACCAUUUCUGCUUGCUUCGAUCCUUCGGGCAAUAUUCGGCGGGGUUCUUCCGCAGCGUUGCAGGAGCUCAUCGGACGGCAUCCGGAUACAAUUAUCCAUGGCAUACCCGUAGUGCAGAUCGUCGACUACCAUGCCGUUGCUCGGCUGUCUCGAGCAAUGAUCGAAGUUGCUCCGCAGGUAGCAACUCUUGAUCGUGUCUACCAAAGGCCGAUCUUAAAGGCACUGAUAGGAUGGCGAGGGGCACGCGCCACGGACCUGAAUCAGCGACGUUGGGCGGCAAAUGCUGUUGGCAUUCUCACCAGAUCCUCCUCUGCUGAAGACGUUUUGUCUCUCUUGAAUGUCAUCCUCCGACAACUGUCUGAAAUGAGGGCAGCCAACAUUGGAAGCACGGCCGCCGCACGACAUGGUCUGCUUCUUAUCCUGAUGUCGAUAUUGGAGUCUGCUGCACAAUGUCAUGGCGAUGCAGUGAUCUCCUGGUUUCAGAAGCAAGGCCAAGGUCUCUUUACUUUUAGUAAAUUGACCGGCAAAAUGGAUGUUCGAAUGACUGCUGACUUGGAGCUCGUCAUGGAGGGUAUAUCUGCUCUGAUUGGCAGCAUAUGCCGGAGUCUCCAGCUUAUGGGGAUUGACGAGCCGGUCCUGCAACAAGAUUGGACAUCAUCCGCCUUGGACAUUUUGAAUCAGUGCACCGUGGCGGGUUCCAAAGAUGCGGUGGUCGAGACAAGCAGCAAUGCGAACCUCGACAUGUUCAAGCUCCUCCCAAGCCCAACAGCCGCUGCAUUGAUCGAGAAGUGGCUUGACAUUAACACCCAGUCUCUUUCGGCUUUUACCAGCAAAGGUCGAAUUAGGACUUUGAGUCUCAUUCAUGCUCAUCUGGCUGGCAAAGAUCUAUAUCUGAAUCUCCAACAAGCCAUCACUGCAUACACCAUUGGAAUUGUCAAAGGCAAUUUUAAUAUUGAAACCAGAAUCGAUGCUAUGGGAGCCCUGUCCGUCAUCCUAUUGAACUCUGACAUCGGCACUCCAAACGACGCAGUGAAAAUCUCCGACGUCCUCUGCUGUGGAUUGAAUGACUAUACCAACGACCAGAGGGGAGACAUCGGCUCGACACUUCGACUUCAGAGUAUCGAAACACUUGACGCACUCCGUAACCACAGGGACCUGAACCGGUUUUCUGACGAUGUUCUCACGGCUGUCAUGCCCUUCGUUGCGAAGCUGGCAGCUGAAAAGCUAAACAGUGUACGGUUUCGUGCUUGGAAGUGCUUGGAAGGCUAUUGGAAGACGAAUCCGAAUUUUCCAACCCUGCAAUGCACUUUUGACUAUCCCGCCGACGUAUCCUCCACUUCAUAUUUCCAACAGCUCUUGGAGCUGUUUCCCAGCAAAGAUUUCCAGCAGCAGGUUCUCUUAGGCCUUGUCUCAUCCGCCACGUCGGGGACUGAAGACGUCUGCCGCGCUGCUAGCAAUGCAUUUCUAUUGUACAUGCAGCUGCUCGAUAAUGAGAGGCGCAAUGACCUGGCAAAAGCAGCCACGUCGAUCAUACUGAGACAGUUGGAUGAGAAUGCCACGCAAGAUGACCGCCAAGUCGUCACACUGCUCGAUUUUCUGUGCUUUCUGAUGGACCAAAGCCUCUUACUUAAUGAUUCUUGGGACAUCUGGGCCAUCAUGCAAAAAAUCCAAAGCCCGACCUCGAGCCUUCCGAGGAUUGAAGCUGCACUGAAUUGCUAUUCCAGACUGCUGUCGAUCGAUGCAUACCGGACCCGGGCGAUGGACAAGCUUACGCGUCAGUUGCUUCAUCGCUGGCCAAAGGUUCGUAAUGAUGCUGCAGAUUUGUUAUACUUCGAAUUUUCGAACAACACGUUGGCUUCCUUUGAUUGGAAUGCGCCUGUCACCAAAACAAAACCUAUUGUUCUUGAGCUGAGGAAACAGCUUGGAAUAGCGGGGGUCGCCACCCCAAAGUAGUGGAAGCCGAAAGGGUGCAGCAUGGCUCUUCCCCCAGCAACAGCGAGAGGCAGAUCUUCAGCCGUCUAACCCGCGCGACUUCAGGCAACGACCGACGACGUCCUUGAUGGACUUCUCAUUGUAUUGUUCCCAAGCGUCGUACAAAGAGAUCAUUUCUUGUGUUCCUUCAAUCAUACGUUCGAUAUCAAUGCCUGAGUCCACCAGGAAUUUCAUCGUAUUCUGCAUCUUCUCGGACUCCUUUGCCGCCGCUAUGGUCUUCUCUCUAUCAAAUGGCUGAGAGGGCGCAUCAUUCGAUUGCAUUUGAGCUUUGCCAUUGCUUUGAGGACCGCCAUGACUGGACAUCUGUAGAUUCCCAAGGACACUGCUGAAAGAUCCGGAAAUGUUCUGCCGACCCACGAGGGAUGAGAAUGGACCGUUGUCAGGGUUUGUGAGGGUAUCGUGUGACAACGGUCUCAAUGUGCCAGCUGCUUUAGCUGUCGGGAGGAAGACGACUGCAAGGAACAUCGCAAUGAUUGCAGUGAGAUGUGGCGGGCAAGUCAAUGGCAGAUCAGUCAUGAAGCUGUCGUUGAUGAUGGACCAAGCCAAACCAAGCUCAUCGUUGGACAGCUUGAGAUCUUGAUUCUCCUUUAACGCAAUCAAGGAUCGGUAUGGAUGCCAGACAAUCAACUGUGAGCGCAUUUCUGAGAUGAGACAGAAUUCCAUCUCCCCCAGUCUCGCCACGUCCCCCGGCAUGAACUCCGGCCACGACUGCCUCGCCUCGGCAGCGACCAGACGAAUGUGGUGUGGUGACUCUUCAGUCUUCGAUGCUAGAUAGAACGCGGUUGCAGCCAGAAGAUAGAGGUUAACAUUCUGCAUGGGCGUCGUCAGGAAGUAUCGAUGUAAAUAGACUAGAGCAGUUGCCACGCAUUGUUGUCUGAACUGCAGGCGCUUAGCCAACUGCAGCAGACGAUCACGUAGGAAUAUCAUCAUG